AUGGGUGUCAGGUUGAUGCAGUGGUCAGAGUACAUCGUUCUCUUCGGAAGAUCAGCAUAUGGUAAACUGGGGCACAUCAGGAUAUAUCUUCAUAGACUAAAAUAUGUCGACCAAUGUCUCCAGCUUGAGAACAGAGAUAGAGGAAAGGCUAUUGGUGGAAUACUUGUGAGCAUGGUGAGUACACUUGUUAUUUUAACUGCGACAGUUAUCAAAGUGUAUGACAAUAUUACAGAGCAAGAUCGUGUUUUGUGGUACAUGACUUACCUCAUCUACACUGUCAUUUGCACACUUGUCUCUCCACACUUUACGUUGUUGGUGAUGGAACUACUAUUGCGCUACAGAGAAUUGAAUAGGCAGCUCGUCUUGACAAUUUGUCCAAAUACUGGAACAGAUGGGAGUGCAAAUGACUGCCUUACAGACAUCCUCCUCUACGAACCUGAGCUGUCUCAGAGAUCACGAGAUGCUAACAUAAACGACCUCCGCGCAGCGUACGCUGUUCUCCACCGUGCGGCAGAAACGCUACAGCAACAUUACGGUCCUGCUGCGACGUCAAUGGUGGCCGGUGCUUUCUUCGGCGUCAUCAACAGCUCGUACGAAAUAAUUGCACUGCUGGUAGAGGACGUCGGUAUAAACACGGGUGUCCUGAGUCAUUCCCUGCUCGGCUCUUCCCUGUGGCUGGCCUAUCACGGAGUGAAGCUGGUGGCGGUGUCCAUGUGCUGCGCCGCCGCGUGCGACGAGGAACGCCGGACGGGAGUCCUGCUGCACAGGGCGGCAACGGCGUUCGCUCUGUGUGGGACGCCGCUACCAGAAGCAGAGGCAUUCCUGCAUGAGGUUCGGAGGGGGCCACCUCUGAGCUUCACCGCUGGUGGCUUCUUCCACAUCCGCAGGAGUUUGGUCAUCUCCACCUUGGCAACCGUCAUCACCCACAUAGUCAUCCUGACACAGUUUGGCAUCGAGCCAUAG